CGCCACACCGUCGGGACAUGAAUCGGAACUUCACGUCAAAGGGGUCUCGGACUUCUCGACUUUGGCUGCUCCUGGCUUCGCUGGCCGUAACGCUUUGAGAACUUUCAUCGUAGCAAACAUGAUCAGAAGUUUGCAGUCACCUCGAUCACUGUGUUGGAGUCAGCGAUUGAAGCGGUCACCGGUGCAACUUGUUUGGUUGUGCAAGGGACCUAGUCAAGCAAACCGGCUUCUACAACGAUCCAUAAAUCAACCAGCACAACUCGAUACUAUCGGAUCUGGCCAGGAGAAAGCAACGAAAUGCUGCGGAGGACACAAGGCUUCUGCCCCAUCGGACCCGCCUCUUCGACGGCCGGAAAGCCCUCAAAGCCUAAGUUUCUGGACGUCGAACUCCACUUGGCACCGCGCCUCCUCCAACACUCUCCGCUGCCUUCUCGGCUGCACCCUCGGCGAUUUCUCAUCCAUGUUCUACCUCCAAACCCACUACGCGCACCUUGCCCCGCACAUCAUCAUGUCCCUCUCGAUGGCCGCCGGCAUCGCAUCCUCGGUCCUCCUCGAGACCGCCGUCCUCCGCUCCUGGGAAGGCAUGACCACGCAACGAGCGUUCCGGACGGCGGUAGGGAUGUCGAUGAUUUCGAUGGUUGUGAUGGAGAGUGUGGAGAACGGCGUGGAUUGGUGGUUGACGGGAGGUGUGGUGGAGUUGGGCAGUGCGGUGUUUUGGGGGAAGGCGGCGUUUGCGAUGGCGUGUGGGUUUGGAGCGGCGCUGCCGUAUAACUAUUGGAGGUUGAGGGCUUUUGGGAAAGCUUGCCAUUGAUGUGAGAGAGCCUUUCUGUAUAUAUAGACUGUACAGCAUGUUCUGUGAUGUAUACACCUGUACAGAGUUUAUACAGCGCAUUCCACCUUCCAGGUCUCGAAAUCGCCAUAAGCGAAAGGCCGUCCCCCGACGUAUACGUAUUCACCAAAAAUCUAUCCAAAAUGUCGACAUGUCGUACGUCAAGCUGAGCAAACCAUCCUUGCUGAGGAGCGUGUAUGUCUCCCAACGUA